UCAGUCGGGUUGUCAGAGGCGCGCGGUAAACAAGUUUGAAAAAUACCGAUGGAUUUAAAGAUUUUAUACUUAAUUCUGUUAAGCGCCUUAACGAACGUCGCGUUUACAUUUGAAUCAACCGGUAGCAGAGGCAGAGUAAAGAGGGCAGUCUGGAAUAAUGGCAGAGAAGAUCACAAAUUUAAUAAAGGAUACUCGUCCCCGUCCGUCGUUAAGAGUGGCCGUGACAAAAGGGAAGCGCACUGGGGUCACGAUGACGAUGAAAAGACGAUUAACGAUCACAAGUACGAACACGAUUAUCAUUACGACCAUGGCAGUCCUUUAAACAACGAUCACUAUGGCGGAUAUUACAGCGUCCGAUACGUUCAUAGUCAUAAAGAGAAAGAUAAAACAAAGCAUGGGUGCAAGUAUGGUGACUGUAACUACGAUGGAUAUCAUUUCGACGAUGGGUUCGAAUACAAAUAUGGCGAUGACGACGAAGAUGGACAUCGUGGGUACAAUGAGGAAUACAAUUUUGAUCAUGAUCAUCACAACGACGAUAUUAAUGACUACGGACCGCAUCAUUAUGCGUAUCCACAAAGCCACAGUAAUUACGACAAAGAUUACUCAGGCUACGUGGGCGAUUAUUAUUAUUCUCACCGCGAGCCUCAUCACUUCGUAUUUUCUCACAAUUAUUAAACCAGCCAGCAAACGACAAAUUCUGUACAUUAAAUUAAACCGUAUUGUUUCUUAUUGAAAGUAUGUCGCGCACGUAACGCGACGGUCCAAGAAUUGUUCUAUGUCAACCUUGUAAAAAGUUUGUGUUACGUAAAAUAAAAAGGUUCUCAUUUCA